AUGGUAGCCGCUGCUGAUUGCCCCAACAAAUUCAAAUCGAGAAGAGACAAAAUCGCCGAGCUUUUAUUCUCCUGCAAGGUGAAUCGCUGCACGAGUUGUGACCACCUCGAGCUAUCGGUUCCCGGAGGCGACAAGGAGGCUAAUGAUAUCGGAGAUACGGGGUUUGAUGGACGUGAAGCUGUUGGGAGUUAA